CGGGCAUUCACUCACUCACUUAGUACGUUACCUAUACUGUACCUACCUAUAGGUCUAGUAUGGAAGGUACGAAGUAGAGGCUUCCGAUAACGCCCGCCGUCUUGUCUUCAUAAAGGUCGACUGCACUCGCGCUUGCUUGCAAACAGAGUCUCGCUCCCCCCUCUCGCCAACGCGUAGCAUCGCAUCACAUCGCAUCGCAUCGCAUCGCAACCCUCUACCUCGUCGCAUCACCCCACGCACGGCCUUGCUUUCGCGCCCAGCUCCGUGCGCUGCGCCAUGAGUCUGAUGACAACGACACUCUCGCCUCACCGUUAACACAGAUAGACUCGGCCCGCUCCACACAACUCACGCGCGUCCCGUUCCAUCGCUCCCACGACCUUGGAGCUGCGCCGAGCGCCAGCAUGGCUUCCAACGGCCGCUCGUCGCACCCUCCGGGGUCUCUGCCUUCCUGGAAUCCAGCCGAGCUGCUUCAGCCUGGUCGGCGGGCUAACAGCGCCAUCGACCUGCGGAGCGGGCUCGCAAAUCAUACCAUGAGCGCGCCUCAUCUUACGUCGAGGGACCGCUCCAGCACCGGUGCACCCACCCCGAUGGUCUUUCAGUUCGCCACCCGGGAUGAGUCGGCCACCAGCCGCUUCACAAGCGAAGCCUCAACGCCCAGCGACAGUGGCGAGCCGCGACAAAAUGGUGUCGGCAACUGGAUUGAGCGCGUGAAUAAUGUUCAUAGUCGCUCCGCCGUGCCUCAAGCCAAGCGUCGCAAGACCGAAGACGGCCAGGAUUUCGCCGCUAGGACGAGCAACAUCCCCGUCCGCGGUGGUAGUGGCAUUCUCGGAAGCUACGUCAAGGAGAAGCGCCUCGAAGGCGAUGCCCAAGGCACGCUAGCCUCGGCAACGGUGGACUUGACUGGCGCCAACGAUGACGAUGUCAUGGUCAUGUCCGAUCCCAAGGAUGAGGAGGUUUGCUAUGGCAUGGUCAAGAGCAAUUUGAAUUGCUUCAGGGUCCCUGCACCGAAGCCUGGGAUGCAGAGUUUGUGGGGUCCCGGCUACCAGCCAGGCAUCAAAAUCAACCUGAAGCGCCAGGUCGGCGACAAGUCGAUCAAGAUACAGGCUUGUGACCACACCCGAGAGAUUGUCGGUGUCGUUGAGCCCAACAGCGCCGCGGCAUUCUGUCCCCUGCUCGAUACCAAUAUUCGCCUGAGAACCGACUGCCGCAUCCCGCCUCAUCCCAAGAAGCCUGGUGAGGAACCAGGUCAGGCAACGUCUCGCUCAUACACCCUCGACGUGGUCAUGUAUGGACCCAAAAAGUACGCCAAGAACGUCGGUCUUCUGCUCCAAAAGCACAACCUGAAGCUCCUCGCGCCGUAUUUGGUGCAAAAAGGCAUUCAGGUCUACAAUCCUCACAACACCCUAUACUGCCCGCCUCCGCCAAAGGUGUACCCGACCAACUCGCAAGGUUCCUUUGCAGGAAUCGCCAACCGGACCGUUGAGGAGAUCCGCUCGGAAGUCAUGGGCGUAUUCGACUCCCUCAAGCGGAACGAAGACCUUCCCCUCGCGGAGCCUCCCUCGACGAUUACUACGCCUCUGCUUAAGCAUCAGAAGCAAGGACUCUUCUUCAUGGCAAUGAGGGAGAAGACACUGCAGGAGCAGGAAAACCAGGAGGCCAUGGUUUCCUUCUGGAAGACGAAGAUCAAUGCCAAGGGCGAGCGCGUGUACUCCAACGCAAUCACCGGCCAAGAACAGCGUGCGCCGCCACCCGAGACUCGGGGUGGAAUAUUGGCCGAUAUGAUGGGCCUUGGAAAGACGUUGAGCAUCUUGUCCCUAGUCGCGAGCUCCACAGACGAUGCACAGGUGUGGGAAGGUCUUGACCCAGUACAGCGCCCCCCAACGGACGCUCGACCGGCCAAGGACGACGGAUACAUGAUGAUGCAGCAGGCCAGCUUCGAGCCGGCACCCAUUGUGCGCCACGCCAAGACGACCUUGAUUGUGUGCCCCUUGAGCACCAUAACCAACUGGGAGGAGCAAAUGAAACAGCACGUGCAGCCUGGUGCGCUGUCGUAUCACAUUUAUCACGGAGCGAAUCGCAUCAAGGAUGUUGAGAGACUGACAACGUUUGAUAUUGUCAUCACUACUUACGGCUCCGUGUCCAACGAACUGAGCUCGCGCAGAAAACGAAAAGAAGGGCUCUAUCCACUGGAAGAGAUUGGCUGGUUCCGCAUCGUCCUCGAUGAAGCCCACAUGAUCCGCGAGCAGUCGACUCUGCAGUUCAAAGCAAUGUGCCGGCUUCAGGCCGAAAGGCGAUGGGCAGUCACCGGUACCCCUGUUCAGAAUCGGUUGGACGAUCUGGCCGCUCUUCUCGCCUUCCUCCGCUUGCACCCGUUCCACGACCGGCCCAAGUUCAACCGUUAUAUCGUGGAGCCGUUCAAGGCUUGCGACCCCGAGAUCGUGCCGAAGCUGCGCGUGCUCGUCGAUACCAUUACUCUCCGCCGCCUCAAGGACAAGAUUGACCUUCCUCCCCGAGAGGAUCUGGUUGUCCGUCUCGACUUCAGCUCCGAGGAGCGAGGCAUCUACGAAAUGUUUGCGCGGAACGCCCAGGACCGCGUGCGGGUGUUGGCCGGUUCGAACAUUGGCAAAGCUCUGGGAGGAAACACGUACAUCCACAUCCUCAAGGCCAUCCUGCGACUUCGACUGCUCUGCGCGCACGGUAAAGAUCUUCUUAACGACGAAGAUUUAGCCGCCCUAAAGGGCAUGUCCGCAGAAAUGGCCAUUGACAUUGACGACGAUGACGACAAUAAUGGGCCUACUCUCUCGCACCAAAAGGCACACGAGAUGUUUGCGCUCAUGCAAGACACGAAUAACGAUGCAUGCAUAGAAUGCACCAAGAAGCUCAACGCGACCGACGGGCAGAACCUCGAUGCUGAAAACCAGGAUGAUAUCCUUGGCUACAUGACUCCGUGCUUUCACGUCCUCUGCCGCUCCUGCGUGCGAGGCUACCAUGAGCGUGCGAGGGCACUCCUCAUUCCUGGCCAGUCGGCCGGGCCGUGCCCUGUCUGCAACUCUCACGUUCGCCUUGAGCUGGUCGAGCUUCGACGCGACGAUGUUGACGCUGAGCACGACGGCCCUGCUAAGAGCAAGGCCAAGAACGUGCGGAAGAAGAUUGAAAAGUACGACGGACCGCACACCAAGACCAAGGCCCUGAUUGAGGACUUGCUCAAGUCCCGUGCGGCGAGUGAGGCGAACCCCACGGAGCCACCUUUCAAGUCGGUGGUGUUUUCGGGAUGGACAUCGCACUUGGACUUGAUUGAGCUGGCGCUCAGCGCAGCGGGCAUCUCGUUCGCUCGGCUGGACGGAACCAUGACACGGACUGCCCGCACCGCGGCCAUGGAUAGCUUCCGCGAGGACAAUGCGGUUGAGGUCUUGCUCGUCUCCAUCAUGGCAGGCGGACUAGGCCUCAACCUCACCGCCGCCAACAGCGUCUACGUCAUGGAGCCGCAAUACAACCCUGCCGCCGAGGCGCAGGCUGUGGACCGCGUUCACCGGCUGGGCCAGAAGCGGCCCGUCCGGACGGUCCGGUACAUCAUGCGCGGAAGCUUCGAAGAGAAGAUGCUAGAAAUUCAAGACAAGAAGAUGAAGCUGGCCAGCCUCAGCAUGGACGGCCAGAACAGGAGGCUCGACAAGGCCGAGGCCGCCCGGCAGAAGCUGAUGGAUCUGCGCAGCCUUUUCAAAUAGUUUUUUUUUUUACGUUUACCACGACUUAUUCUCAUUAAGAGGCAAACCGACACAUUUACACGGGGGCUAUGGAGUAUCGGGCAUAACGGAUGGCGUUUUCGGGAUGCCUGACGAGACGGGUCGUUUGCUGCCUUUUCGAGGGGCGGAAGCACUCAUGACGAAGCAUUUUCCCUCUUUUAUUCUUUCCUUUUUACAUCUUCUUUGCGCUUUACACGCGGGCCACAGGAGGCACUCUAGCAAUGGCCACUUUCCGCUGCAUUUGGGUGGCUCGCAUCUCGUUUGCUAGAUACAGCUCAGCUCUCACGAGGGGAGAUAGUCAAAGAGGCGCUGGGCGACUGAAAGGGAGUUGGGAGGCAUCACGGAUGAUACAUGGACGUUUCAUGACAUGACAGGGGCAGCAGAUUAGGCACGAGAAUACCAAG